GUUCACAGGUGUUGGUGUUAAGAGUUCACAGUUGUUGGUAAGGAGUAGUCCAAGAGUUCACAGGUGUUGGUGUUAAGAGUUCACAGUUGUUGGUGUUGAUUAGCUGCAUUCUCAGAUAACAUUGAAUAACUUUACAUGAAAUUCAACAAACAAACAUCUGUAUGGUGAAAACAUGCUUAUGCUAGAUUUAACCCUAUCCUGUCUGGUGACCCCGUGUCAGGUGUCAAUUUCUCAGUUAGAAAGUAAGAAAAUGAUCUCCAACUAUUAGCUAUUUAAAAAAAAUACAUAGUGUUUAUGUGAAAAUAUUAAUGAAAUAAGUUAGAAAACUCAUACAACUAACAAAACUUCCAACAGGGAAGAAUGGAGGUUACACCUGCGGCUUAUUCACAUCUCCUUCAUUCACUGAUGGGACUAGCUGGUGGUAAGGUGUGCGUCGUUCUAGAGGGAGGGUACUGUAUACCGUCCUUAGCAGAAGGUGUGGCUUUGUCACUUCGUACAUUGCUGGGAGACCCAUGUCCUGACAUUGGGCCUGUGGCUCAGCCAAGUGAAAGUGUGGUUGAGACAAUCCUGAAUGUUAUCGCAUCUCUUCGUCCAUUUUGGCACAGUCUGCAGUUACAGGGAAGCUACCACGAAAAGAUAGAAGAAACAAAAUCUACCGAAAGAAUCAGACAUAGACCAGAAAUUCAUUAUCGAGGACAGCCCAAGAUACAAGAAACUUAUCCAACAAGUUAUUUUUAUGUAAACUGGGGUGAGGAACUUAAAACACAACUGGAACAACGAGUAGAACAACUUAUAAGACAAACAGAUCUUACUGUUCCACCUCAUCGAACAGCUCUUGCAUUUGACGAAAGGAUGAUGAAGCAUCAAAACCAUAUGGAAAGGUGCCGUUUCUGUUCUUUGUAGAAUUUCAACUUUAAC